UUGGUGUAUGCGGGGAGAGGGGGUGGUACGUUAGGGUUUAGCCCAGGCCAACGUGAAGUGCUUAUUCGAGGAAUACAUGAAAAGACGUUUUCAUAUUCAUAAAUCUUGAAGCUUAUCGGCUGGGUAACUGUUUGCCCGUGCACAAUCCUUACAGUAUGAAGGGAAGUGAAUGGCGCAGUUUGGCUGGUCGAUGGCAGGACCGGCUGAGCUGGUGAAGUGACGUGAAGUGGUCUUGCCAGACCAUGAAGAAGACAAGCAAGUCACGCAGCCAGGAGGCGGCGCCCUCGGCCGACAGGCUCGCCGAGCUGCGGCCAGAGGGCUCGGCCGACGGCGACCGGAUGCCGGAGGCGGCCGCCGAGCUCGUGGCCGCGCUCAAGGAGAAGAAGCUGUCGUCGGGCUCGCUGACGGCCGGAGACUCCAGCCGACCCAAGACCGUCACCGUCAAGGUGGACGAGAACAAGCCCAAGCCGACCGUCAAGAAGAACAAGCCGAUCCAGGCCGACCUGGACGUGGCCAAGGAGUUCCUGCGCUGUCGGGAGGAGGGCGCCCGCCGUCUCGACCUCAGCAAGUCGAACAUCACACACCUGCCGGCGACGGUGCGUGACAUGACCGAGCUGCACGAGCUCUACCUGUACGGCAACAAGCUGACGACGCUGCCGGCCGAGAUGGGCUGUCUCACCGGCCUGCAGACGCUGGCGCUCAACGAGAACUCGCUGACCCAGCUGCCCGACUCGCUAGCGCACCUCACCUCGCUGCGCGUGCUGGACCUGCGGCACAACAAGCUGAACGAGAUACCUGAUGUGGUUUACAAGCUGACCAACCUCACGACCCUGUUCCUGAGGUUCAACAGAAUCAAAGUAGUUGGAGAUGAUAUACAGAAUCUAGUGAACUUGACGAUGCUGAGCCUGCGCGAGAACAAGAUCCGCGAGCUGACGCCGGGCGUGGGCCGCCUGGUCAAGCUGGUCACCUUCGACAUCUCGCACAACCACCUGGAGCACCUGCCGGAGGCGAUCGGCCACUGCGUCCACCUCUCGACGCUGGACCUGCAGCACAACGAGCUGCUCGACAUACCGGAGACCAUCGGCAAUCUGCGCGCGCUCACGCGACUCGAGCUCAGAUACAACCGGCUCACGGAGAUACCCAAGUCGCUGGCCAAGUGCGUGUUCAUGGACCAGUACAACAUGGAGGGCAACAGCGUGGCGCGCCUGCCGGAGGGCCUGCUGUCGGCGCUCAAUAGCCUGACCAGCGUCACGCUGGCUAGAAACUGCUUCACUAGCUUCCCCGUGGGUGGGCCGGCGCAGUUCACCAACGUGGACUCAAUCAACAUGGAGCACAACCAAAUCGACAAGAUCCCGUACGGGAUCUUGUCGCGGGCGCGCCACCUAACCAAGCUGAACAUGAAGGACAACCUGCUGACCUCGCUGCCGAUGGACAUUGGCACCUGGGAGCACAUGGUGGAGCUCAAUCUGGGCACCAACCAGCUGACCAAGGUGCCGGACGAUAUCCAGCACCUGCAGAGCCUGGAGGUGCUCAUCCUCUCCAACAACAUGCUCAGGCGUCUGCCGUCAACGCUCGGCAACCUGCGGAAGCUGCGGCUGCUGGACCUGGAGGAGAACCAGCUGGAGACGCUUCCCAACGAGAUCGGCUACCUCCGCGAUCUGCAGCGGCUGGUGCUGCAGAGCAACUGCCUCACCUCGCUGCCCAGGGCGAUCGGGCUGCUGACCAAUCUGACCUACCUGAGCGCGGGCGAAAAUAACAUCGGCCACCUAGUGGAGGAGGUGGGCAACCUGGAGUCGCUGGAGUCGUUGUACAUCAACGACAACCCGAACCUGCACAGUCUGCCGUACGAGCUGGUGCUGUGCUCGAACCUGCAGCUGCUGAGCCUGGAGAACUGCCCGCUCUCGCACAUCCCGCCCGAGAUCGUGGCGGCCGGCCCCAGUCUGGUCAUACAGUUUCUGAAGAUGCAGGGUCCGUACCGGGCGAUGUGACACGCCAGGGCAGCGUUCCAGCAGUGCCGCCCGACUGCCGCUCGUGCGUGGGAGGCGCCUCGGAGUGGCUCGGCGGCCGCCUGCUAGCCGGGCAGAGGGCGCCGCGAGCGGGCCGCGCCGUCGGACUUGGCGUGAGCCGCGCGCCAAGCGCCGUACCCCGUUAUGUACCCU